UAUGUGUGUGUGUGUAUUUCUGUAUAUAUAUAUAUCAUCAUCAACAACAACAACAACACAUGACUCCACCACCAUGUGACACCACUACGUGACACCACAUGACUCCACCAUGUGACUCCACCACAUGACUCCACCACAUGACUCCCAUGUGACUCCACCACGUGACUCCACCACAUGACUAGAAAUUGUUGAAUUGAUUUUGGCCGCUCAUUGUGGCCCAAAUAAUAUCUACUUCUGUAUAAUUAUGACCAUUUCUAACAACAAAUCUCAGAUGAGCAAUCUGGGGCCAGUAUGGCCCUCUAGAGAUUGUAACAAUGCCUUCAUUAUAAGCCAAAGUUCAUGGUCCCUUAACUGGACCCAGCUUUCAGGGCAUACAUGUACAAGUGUUUGUGAUCAGUCGUAGUUAAUGUUGGUUUUCCUUGGAUUCUUGCAAAUUGUAGCUAAAAAUAUUUUUAGGCCCUUGCCAUGUAAUGGCCGGGGCAUAUAGUGUUACCCUGUUUCUUCCUUCCAUCCUUCCGUCAUUCUGUCAUUCCGUCAUCAUCAGUUUCCGUUCAUUUUCUUAGUAACGGUUGCACACAUUCAACUCAAAUUUGACAUAUGGAUAUGUCAUGAGAAAAUACAAAUUUGGUCAUGGUUUGAUGAUUUUUGGCAGAGUGAUGCCCCUUUUACUUUAAAAUAAUAUGAAAUUUUCAGUUUCCGUUCAUUAUCUCCCCAACGGUACAACAGAUUCAACUCAAACUUGAUAUAUGGAUAUGUCAUGAGAAAAUACAGGUCAAGUUCGAAUUUGGUCAUGGUUUGAUGAUUUUUGGCAGAGUUAUGCCCCUUUCACUUUGAAAAUAAUAUGAAAUUUUCAGUUUCCGUUCAUUAUCUCCCCAACGGUACAACACAUUCAACUCAAACUUGACAUAUGGAUACGUCAAAGAAAUGCUCAGGUCAAGUUCAAAUUUGGUCAUGGUUUGAUGAUCUUUGGCAGAGUUAUGCCCCUUUCACUUUGAAAAUAAUAUGAAUAUGACUACAUUUUCUGUUCUUUACCUACCCAACAGUGUUACAUAUUCAACUCAAAUUUGACAUAUGGAUAUGUCAAAGGAAUGGGCAGGUUAAGUUGGAAUUUGGUCAUGGUUUGAUGAUUUUUUUUUGGCAGAGUUAUGUCCCUUUCACUUUGAAAUUAAUAAUAUAGAUACAUCUUAGGAAUAAGCAGUUUAAGUUUGAAUUUGGUCGUGGUUCAAUGAUUUAGGACAAACUUAUCUUUCUUGAAUGUUGGAAAAAUUUUGAACUUUCAGUUUCAGCACUCAUACUUUUGUGGAAAUGUAUGUAGCCAUUAUGAAAUAUGCUAUUUACAAAAGGUUAAGGCUGAAUGAUUUCAGUGCCUUGAACAUUUUAUGAAAAUUGUUUGUGUUAACAUUGAAAAGUUUUAAGGGUUUUGAACUUAAAAUGCAAAAAAUAAUUUGUACAAACAAAUUUGGAACUAAAUAUUAUAACAUCUGAAAUUUUGGCUGCAUGCGGGGGCAUCCGUGGCAUGAUGACACAUUUCUAGUUUUUCUUUCUAGAAAUCAAGAUGGCACAUGAGAUACAUUUAAAGAACAACAAAUACCGGCAGUGGGUUAAGGCUGGCCUAGGCUUGGGUUAUCUUAAAGAGGGACUUGCGCCAUUUUGUGAUGACAUAGGAAGACAGCAGCACAAAGAUAUUAUAAACCAAAUGCAACAAACAAAGACUCCUCAACCAAACAUACCAUGUGGCGCCUGUCAGAUAACAACUCUCCAGCCAGACCAUGUCCGAGUCUCAAAAGGGAUAUGUCCCCUCAAACAAGAUAAAUGUAACUGUUGUUUUCCUAAUAAUAAGAGACCCUGUCCAAACAAUGUAUGUGGCGCCAUCUAUGACAGCAUUAUACAGUAUCAUGCAUCAAUGCCACCGGCACCUUUUUGGAAAAACAGUGAUGUCAAUCAGUGGUCAACAGAACCGUGGGAGGUUUGCAAAUGUUUUAUAAAUGCUCCUGGGUACAAGGACAAGACAUCAGCAGUCGACACUGAUUGCACUGGGUUGCUUCAUGUUAUCAUAAAUAACAAUUACUUUCAUAGUCACAUUGGAUGCAAUGUUACAGGACCAAACAAUCUUUUUUCAAAGGUACGUCAGUAUAGAAACCUGAUUUUCCACUCAAGCAGCAUGGAAUUAGAGGAAAGUGAGGCUAAUACUUUCUUAGAUGAUAUGAUAACAGUUCUACAAGAUAGUAAGGAACUUGUUCAUCAACCAGCUGCACAACAAGCUGUACUGAAACUCCAAGAUCUAAAGCAAAAAGACUUUGUUAUCACUACUGAAUGCUCUGAAGAAAUUUUGAAACAAAUCAAAGAUGAAAUGACAAAAAUGCGGGAAUUUACUGAAAAUGCUGCAACUAAAGUGGAAUAUGAGGAGCUGAAAAAUAAAUUUAUUGAACUUGAAAGACAGUUGGCACAAGAAAGAGAGGAACAGAAAAGAAAGUAUACUGAACUUGAGGCAGUUAUAACAGAGCAAAAACAGGAGAUAGAAAGACUCAAGGUAGAAGAUUCUCCUCAACAAAAACAGUUAAAAUAUGAAAAGGCGAAAUCAGAAUGGCGGAAAAAUCUGAUAGAACAGUAUCACAAAACCCUGCUGCAAGUUCCUACAUCACCUUUACAACCAAAAAGUGAAAAAUGUACCUUUAAUGAGAUUUAUAUUAGACCCAAAAUAACGAGGAAAAUAAAAGGAGAAAAGGGGGAGACAAAGGAGGUGGAGGUUGAAACAAUGUCAGAAAUCUUCACAAAGAACGGAGUCCCCCAAAAAUCUGUAUAUGUUCUAGGAGAUGCAGGGUCAGGAAAAACUAGUUUUUGUAAAUAUCUGGUCAACUGUUGGUGUUUGGCACACAAUGAGGAACAUGGAGCUGGCAAUGAAAAUGAAGAUGGCAAUGGUAAAACUGAAGGCAACAGUGAAAAACAUGGAGGUGACGGUAAAAAACAUGGAGCUUGCAAUGAAAAUGAAGAUGGCAGUAGUAAACUUGAAGGUGACAGUGAAAAACAUGAAGGUGACGAUGAAAAUCAAGGAGGUGUCAAUGAAAAUGAAUGUGGCACUGAGGAACAAGGAAGUGAUAAUGAAGGAAAUAAAACACAUGGAGCUGGAGGUGUCGAUGAAUUUGAAGAUGGCAAAGAGAUACACAGAGGUGAUUUUGAAGAACAUGAAAAAAUGGGAAGUGACAUUGUAAAUGAAGAGGUAAAGGGGAUACAUAAUGCAGACAUUGAAAACGAAGAGUGCAGUAAGACACAUCAAUGUGUUAAUGAGAAAGGAGGAGAUGAAAAACAUGUGGGUGGCAUUAAGGAAAAUGGAAGUGACAGUGAUGACAUUCAGGAUAACAAUUUAAUACACUCCGAAUCCCACAAUGAGGACUCUGAUGAUAUCUUAAAUGACUCCGAAUCCGAUAGUGACGACUCUGAUACUGACUUAACAGACUCUGCUAUCGACAGUGAUGCCUCUAAAUAUGAUAGCAAAAAUUAUGAACUAAAAUUUAAUGGUGUAAAAGAGAUGAAGAAAUUUGAUUUUGUAUUUUACAUCUCUCUUAGACAGUAUCGAAAUAUUGACACUAUAGAUGAUAUGCUUUAUAAACGUUAUCAAAUGAAAAUGUUAGAUACAUUUCUUGAAAAAGAAUCCUCUAGAGUUAUAAUUUUGCUUGAUGGCUUGGAUGAAUGGUCCUCUGAAAAUGUCCCAGAACAUAGCAUCUUUAAGGAAUACACUAUAGUAACUACCUCACGACCAUGGAAAUUUCAUACAUUAACAUCAAGCGAUGAAGAGAUGGAACAAUCACUGAAACUGAAAGGGUUUGAUUUUAGAUGUGAAACGGAAAUGGUAGAUAGGACUGUUUUACAAUUAAAUGUUAGCAGACAUGCUAAUAAAGAACCUAGAGAUUGUAGGAAAAAGCUGAAUGAAAAGUCUCUGAAAAGUUUAAAACAGGUACCAAUUAUGCUUCAACAACUGAUAUGUCUAUGGUUUGAUGGUAAACUAGAUAAAACGUCAAGAUGUGCCAUCUACACUGGCAUGUUAGAAUUAUUCUUUACAUGGAAUGACAUGAAAACUACAGGAACAAGUACUCGACUCAUAAAGGGUACACAGAAAGUAAACCUCCCUCAUUAUUUAUCUGGAAGAACCAAAUUAAGAUUAAACAACCAUUUCAUUUACGAAGUGUCAAAAUUGGCUUAUGAGACACUUUUUAAUUGUCCGAAGGAUAAAUCCUUGACAUUUGACAUUUGUAUGUUUGUUGAACUAGAUAUAUCAGAUGAAGUAAGAGAAAAUUGCCUGAAACUUGGAAUAAUUUCAGAAGAUGAAUGUCCAAGUUUAUCUGUAUCAGAACCACCAAGCUCAUUGUUCUCUUUUAUUCACAAAUCAAUGCAAGAAUUUCUGGCUGCAGUGUAUAUUGGCAUCAAUUUCAAUGCAAAAAUGUAUUCAUCAGAUAGUACUGGAAAUGAUGAAUUAGCCAAGAAGUUUAUUUAUGAGGUAUUUCAGAAAUGUUCAACAGUAAAUGACAUAUUAGAGCAGUCAAAUGUUAUCAUUAUGCUAUCUGGUCUAGAACCAAGAUUAGCAACUCAUGUUUCAAAAUACAUAUAUGAUACUGUGUCAGAAGACUCUCGUGUUCAGGAAUACAGGAGAACAAUAAGAAGUAACAUUUGUAGGGAUCAUAGAUGUAUUACUGAUAUUCAAAAGCUUAUGUUUGAGUCAAUGGGACAAUUAAAUGCAGCAUGUAGUAUGGGAAAUAAUCCUGUAUUUUAUAUAGGAGAUUUGUUAAUUGGUAAAAGUGUGGAUUGUGAUAUUGUUUGUACAGGUAUUGAUCAGAAACAAAUUGUUCCUGACUCAGUUCUGUCUAUUCGUGUAGUUAACAUCGACACACGAAAUUUUAAAUUUACAAAAUAUUUACCAAUGUUUCAUCGUCUUGAAAAAAUUGCAAUAAUACAUAAAAGAAAAUUACCAAAGUUAGAAAGUGAUAAACAGAGGAUUGAUGAGAUAAACUAUAAUGUUUGUGAGACAAUUAAAGUAAACACUUUAACAUUAAAAUCUCUAUCUGUUGAUGAACCUGACACUGACGAGUAUUACCAAGUGUGUACAACAGUUGUUAGUAUCCUACCUAAUAUGAUCAAUCUUGUAGCACUAUGUAUGAGUAGUGUAACAAUAAGUCAUGAUGAUACUACUACAUUUUGUAAUUUUCUUCUGAGAACCAGUCAUUUUGAGCAAAUACAUCUUUCUAAUGUUAAAUGUGAGUGUAUGAAGCAGCAUGACGUAAAUUUAUCAAAACAUCAACAACUUCAGUACCUUCAUUUGUAUAAUACUGUUAGUGUGACAGAUGCUGAUACUACAAACCUUCAAAUAUUUAUCUUCGGUGAAUUGAAAGAUAGUAAUUAUGGGAAAAUAUUUGAUAUUAUUAAAAAAUCUUACAAAUUAAAAGAACUUUUAUUGUAUGGAGAUUAUAACAAUAAAUCUCAAUUAUAUCAUACCAACAUAACAAAGAGACUAGUCUCAGUAUUACCAUUGUUACACAAUCUCAGUAAACUUGAGUUAUUGCGGUGUAGGUUAACUGACAAUAUAAUACAGUUUCCUUUAGAGAUGAAGAGUGUAAAGUACAUUGAGCUUUAUUCUGUCUUAAUGAGUUGGACAACAUGGCAGAAGUUUGUUGAUAGUCUUCCUCACAUUCCUCAUACUGUAGAUGUGUAUGUAGGGCGCUGUUAUAUAUCAGGAGAUGGUGAGGAGUUUGAUGAUCAUAAGUAUAGAAUGAGAUUACCACGACGAGUUAUAGUAUGGAAGGAAUAUGAUGCAAACCAGUAUGUAAUAGAUAAGAAUCAGUUAUUUCAUGUUAAACGUGAUAAUGCUUAUUGGUUUGUCUUUUCAACAAAAAAGUGAUAUAGGAUACAUGUAUUUAAUAUUGUGGUUAAAGUAAAUUAUUGCAUGUUCAAAGACAUAAAUUUGGAUAAUUUUUUUUUUCAUUUUCACAAAAAAAACAGAGGAUACAUGCCUUUAAAUUUUCAACAACAAAAAAGAGAUAAAGUAUCCAUGUAGUUACAAUAAUUGAACUCAAUUGUUGCCUAUUAUUUCAACAAAAAAAAAUAUUCGAAAUUUGAUCAGAGAGGGUACAUGCAUUUAACUUUUCAUAAAGUAAUCAUUUAGUUACAUAGUGUUUGAAAUUAAUGUUUUUUUUUACCUAUUUUACAAAAAAAAAUGUUUGAAUUUUUAACAUAGUGAGAUAGAAUGCAUGCACUUAACAUAGUGUUCAGACUAAAAACUUUCAUGUCUCAAACAGUAAAUUUGUUUUGUUUUAAUAUUUUAAUUAAAAAAGUGAUCUUAAUAUAAUAGUAAACAAUCAUCAUAAACAGUCCAUUAAAUACUAAUCUCUGGUCAAUGUAACAAAAUGUAUUUAUUAUAUUGAAAUUGAAGAAAAUAAUAUUCAAAUUGUGUUAAUAAAUAAAUAAAUGAAAGAAAUGCAGUUAAAUAUUAUAAAUAUAUUGAUCUUAAUAAAGGUAAAGGUUUUUUUAAAGAUCAGUUAUAUAUUUUGAAAGAAAUGUAACUGAUUUGAAAAAAAGUAAUGUCCAAAAAAUAAAAACAUAAAUAAAUAUGUAAAUAAAAAAGUAAAUAAAUUAAUGUAUUAGUAAAUUUAUUGGAAAUAUCAUACCACAGAUGUUUAUUGUACAAGGUCAGACGAAGUAAAAGAUUAAUACAUGUAUAUAACAUUCAAAUAUCAUAAUGUACAAGGUCAGAAAAAGUAAAAAAUUAUUAUAACAUUCAAAUACCAGUUAUAUGAUGUAAUAUAUGAUAGGAUAAGGGAAUGGUAUA